CUAGACAACAUCCGGUCGCCGUUGUCUCUCCUAUUUUUUUUUAUAAUAAAUGUCGAAACGAAAUCUUUUUCCUCGCUUUUGAGCUCUCCAUAUUAAGUUAGUCUAACUUUAGCCAGAAAUAGCCCAGGCCAUGACUAACUUACUAGCAUCACAUGGAGAAGAUAUUCAAUUAUGCAGAACGGGAUAGUUUUGGAGCAGUCACCGUUUCCGUUUGUCUUCGCUCAAAUCUCAUCAAACAAUAAUACAGUGAGAGCGAAAAAAAGUGUUAGAAAUAGCAGCCAAAUCUGCAUCCUUCCGUCUUGAAAAAAAUAUAUAUUUUAAAUAUUCGAUAAUGUAGUCAUCUUAUUAUAAUAUAUUACACAACACUAUGUGCGAAAAAGGACAUCAGAAGACGGGAUGGUCACGGCUGGAACGCCUUUGAUCGUGGUUCUGCUCGGUCGGAGAAGACCUGACGUUUCAACAACACAAGAACUCUUGACUUGUUUUUCUUUUUUUUCUUUUCUUUUUUUCUAAUAUUUCCAGUGAUCAGCAUCCUAUUCGUGAUCAUCCCACCUUCACCACCACCAUCAUCAUCACCAUCUUCAUUAUAAUCAAUAUCACCGCCGUCUUUUCUUCACUUCGACUGUCAGUUUAAUAAUAGCGCACCUUCGCUUUCUGCUCUUCCUAAAACGCAUGUGUCAAUACAUCCAAUUGAUCAUUGCUGUCUUCACCUGUUGAUGGAUGCUUGUGAACAUCUGAUUCCUGAUUCCCUCCUCUGAUCCCCCCAAAAAUUGAUCAAGCCAGUGUAAUCAAUACACACAGCACACAGUGAUAUGUUCCCAAUAAUAAUAGGAAAAAAACCAACAGGAAAAUCUCCUGUAAAUAUUGCAUACACACAUUCAACAGCACACAUCUUCAACCUGUCAGAGCAUCUCUAUAUGCUGUAAAUAUUGCAUAUAUACAUUGUAAAUGAUCAUUUUCUCCACUUGAAUAAUUAGAUGUUCAAAAGUUAUUAGGUGGUUACACAAGGUAACUCUGAUAGGCGCUUCAAACAUAUAAUACUCUACCAAGAACUUUCUAUUUCUCUUUUUUAUUCUACUAUAUAUAUAUAUAUUUAUAUUCUUUCUUUUCAUAAAUGAAUUUUUAUUCACCCACAACUAUAUAUUUCCAAUAAGCUAUACAUAUCUUGUCUGUCUGUCUGUCUCUUUCUCUCUAAUUAUAUACCAUCAGCUAUACGCGUGUGUAUACUCUUAAUUAUACAGUCUAACAUAUCAACAGUAUUAUUAUUAUUAUUAUUAUUAUUAAUAUUAUUGUUCUGGUCUUGUGCCUAAAUUUGAAACUAUUAUUAUUAUUAUUAUUAUUAUUAUUAUUGUUGUUGUUGUUGUAAAGAAACCAAAGAUGGAUUAUUUUUCAAUUACCAUGGCAAUUGGUUUGCUUUCUCUGUAUAUUAAAACACUCUAUCCAGACAUUUCUGGGGGUGACACUGGUGAACUGCUCUCCUCUGCUUGUCAGUUUGGGGUUUCCCAUCCUCCGGGAUACCCCCUAUUCACCAUGCUGGCUAGCUUUGCCAUUAAAUGCUGCAGCUACCGGUCGCCUGCUUGGAGAGCAAACCUUCUAACGGCCACCUUCUCGGCAGUGGCCGGCGGCGUUCUCUCACACACGAUUCUCAAAGAGACUGGACAGCCUUCAGCCGCCUUGCUCGCUGUUGCGCUAUUCUCGGUGAACCGACUAACAUGGCAUUGGUCUGUAACGGCAGAAGUGUUUUCCUUGAACAACUUAUUCCUGUCAAUUAUCACCUAUCUCAGUUUCAUGCUUGAAAAUGCCGUGCAACCAGCCAGAAAACUGAAGUUAGCACGCAUCGGUGCAUUUGUUAGUGCCUUGUGCUUGUGCAACCAGCACACAUCCUUUGUCUAUCUCCUCUACCUUAUCCCUUGGGUGAUAUUUAAAUUAUACCGGGCUGGUCUCUUCCGUCUGACUAAUUUAUUGUCCCUUUUGGUUUCCUUCAUUCUUGGUCUUUUACCUUACCUAUACUUACCUAUAAGUGCACAUUUGAAUGUAGCAAAAUGGACUUGGGGUGACCAGCGGACCGUAAUGGGGUUCUGGACUCAUCUAAUGCGAUCAGAAUAUGGUACGUUUAGUCUGGGAAAGGAUGAAGUAGGGCUUGGUCUCGUAACAGGGUUAAAAUUCUACAUGAUCCAUGAGUGGUUUACUCUAACUCCAGUUGCCAUCAUCUUGUUUGGUAUGUCCAUGUGGUGCAUAGUGCGCCGCCUGUACACUGGAUACAGCUGUCCUCUUGUGCAUCUAUUAAUGUUUGUGUCAUACUUGGUGUUUUUCUCAUGGAGGGCUAACCUCAACAUAGACAAUCCGCUGUUUCUCGGCGUUGUCGAGCGCUUCUGGAUGCAGGCUAGCAUGGUGCUUGUGUUUCUGGCAUCUCUCACAUACGGGGACCUCAACAAUCAGAUCAAGUCUUCUUUCUUCAGACGUAUGUUCUUCUUCGCUUCGAUGAUCCUCUUGGUGUUUCAGGUUCACCGCAACUUCACCUACUGCAAUAAAAGCAACGCGACGGUGGUCCACGACUUCAGCAACACCGUCCUACGCAGCUUCCCACCAAAUUCCACCGUUCUCACAAGAGGAGACUUGUCAUCGGCAACUUUCGGUUAUUUACAUUUCUGCAAAAACGUCAGAUCAGACUUGAAGCUUUUCGACCAAGAACUACUGACCUAUGAAUGGGCUUUACCUAUGCUACGCAAACAUCAUAACCGUAUUGAUUUUCCUGGUGAUUUCUUGCAUUUGAAAAACAAGCGACAUCCAGAUGGUCGAAGAUCGUUCACUUUUGCCAAAUUCCUCAAUGUUAAUUACGCAAACGGUCCAAUAUUUGCCUGUAUAGGGGUGCAAGAAUAUGAGCCCUCCUGGAAGAAGGGUUACAAAUUAUGGCCUUUCGGUGUGUGCUCACAGUUUGUCCAAAAGAAGGAACACAUGGUGUUGAAAAAAUGGGUUCGCCAGACUGGUUACAUUGCUUUCAACUGGACCCACUCAUACACUGGAUUUGCAGAGACGUCUUGGGAAAAAGUCGCCACUGACGAGAUGUGGAAUGCAAAAAUUGGUACGGCAUUACACAUGUAUGAUACUGCUGAACUGAGCAAGAAUGUGAAGGAGAAGAAAAAACUGUUGCUGCUUGCUUAUCAAGUAUACAGCGAUGCCAUCAGCUGGCAUGAUAAUUUCCCACCGUUUUGGCACAAGAACUACGCCCUGGUUUGCACGAAGCUUUUGAAUGUUGAACAUACGCUGGACAAGGACCUGCUGCUGAAGAAAAGCAUCUACCAUCUUCAGUUCUAUGUCGACAGCAAACCGGAAGAUGACCAGCUGCAGAAUAUUGUGGAUGCUAUCCGUUCAUUGAAAAGAUAUGGCAGGCAAAUCCGUGACAAAAUUACCAAGACAACUUAGUAUUAUAUAUACACACACAUACAUAUAUAUAUAUAUAUAUAUAUAUAUAUAUACAUAUACAUAUAUAUAUAUACAUACAUAUAUAUACAUAU